AUGACGGCUGCGUUUCUGUGGUAUAAAUGCUUCGCAAGGUGGGGCGAAAUGGGGGACAAGGAAGCCGUCGGCUGGCUUGGCUGGCUAGGUUGGCAUGAACGAAUGGUAAAAGGGAAACCUACCAAAUAUGUCGGUGCGUCUGACCAUCUGUGCAUGUCUGAGCAUCUUAAUGCGAGGAAGUUGGUUCAAUAG